GGUUUCCGGGAGGCUGGCGGCGUUAGGUGGAGGAAGGAUAGCCGUGGGCUCGCCAUGGGUUACAGCGGUCUAACGGUGCCCAUCAUCGUCCUCACCGUAUUCUGGGGUGUAGUGGGCGGCGUUGUGCCUUGGUUUAUCCCGAAAGGACCAAAUCGAGGUGUCAUUAAUACAAUGCUGGUGACGACUGCUGUUUGUUGCUACCUUUUCUGGCUAAUUGCAAUCCUGUCCCAGUUGAAUCCUCUAUUUGGUCCACAGUUAAAAAAUGAAACAAUCUGGUACUUGUUCUACCAGUGGCCCUGAAUUCAUCAGCAAAAAGCAUUCUAUGGAGUAGAGAGAAUGAAAAUGCCUUAAACUGCAAAUGAUUAUUUCUUCUGCACCUGAGUAACUUUAAAAUGGGAACUUUUCCAAACAACAUUCAACAGCAUGGAUCAAUUUGAAUUCUGAAUUCUGAUUUAUAAUGUGUGAACUGGAAUAGGUGAUACUUGGCAGUUGAAGUAAUAAGACUAACAAGUAUGACUGUUUAACAGCAAUGUAGUAGUAAUUAAUUAUGUUUUGCAGCAGAGAACUUUGAACAUUUUUUAAAACAUUUGAGCUAAAGAUUUAAAACAGAACGUAGAACUAGGGGAAAUGUGUAUCAAACAAAUGAUUAUUUUGUGAUAUUUUUGUACCAACCUGAUUGCAUAAUGCCUUAUGAAAAUGUGGAACUAGUUAAUAUUUUCUUGCAGGUUUUGAUUUCACUAAAGAACACAAUUUAAAUCUUGGGAACAAACAAUUUAAUAAAUUCUUAAAAAUA